AGAUGCAGUGAGGUCUUGGAUUGAAGCCAUUCAUAAUACCAUAGAAGAAAUGAGAGACCGCAUAGAACGAUUACUUGUUCUUCCAUUUUCCUUCUCAUGUUCCUCCCCUUCGAGUCUUGAAUUAGGAAGACAAGGAAGAAAAGAAAAGUGGUAUAGGCGUGAAAUGAAGAGAAGCAACGGAUCAUUUGGGUUUGUGGCUUUCCAAAAGCCUAAAAUAACUGGUGGCCUACAUCGACUCAUAAGGAGAAUCAAGAGUUUUUCUCAUCCAUUAUUUCGUAGAGAUGAAAUUGCGGAGAUGAAAGCUGGUGAAAUGGAGAUAGGGUAUCCCACAGAUGUGAAGCAUGUUACGCACAUAGGACUCGAUGGCUCUGUCACCACAAAUCAAGACUUGGCUUGGAUCCAAACUGAAUUUUUUCAUGUUCAACAUUAAUUUUUAUGAAUGUGUUUGUUUGAUGCUCUAAUUUUAUACAGGAUUUCGAUCUAAUCCCUUAAUUUUUAUAAUAUAUCCUUCCGUUCCUCUAACC